AACAUGGACGGCGUUGCGUCUGGAGUUCCUCAACCUCCUGGCGAUCAAGACACUCAAAAUGUGAUCGACAAGCUUGCAAUUUUCGUCGCGCGCAACGGCGCAGAAUUCGAAGAAAUGACAAAGCAGAAACAGGCGGGAAACCUGAAAUUUACAUUUCUGUUUGGAGGUGAACAUCACGCUUAUUACAGAUGGAAGGUUCAGGUUGAGCGAGCAUCGUUAGUCCAGAAGCAAAUAGAAGCUCAACAGAAGCAACUACAGGAACAGAAGAGACAAAUAAGGCAGGCACAGCCGGGUAGCAACCCUUCUGCUGUACAUCCGAGUGUUCAGCACAGUGUUCAAGAGGCCAUUAUUCAGAACUCGAUAGAAAAAGCUCCAUGGCAGCAAGACAAUCCGGUUGAGAAUCCUUCUACAGUUGCUUCCACUCAGUUACCAUGGAAUGUACUAGGAAACGAGCAUCGAGACGAACCAACAGGCGAUCAAGAUCUGCCCGACAUGACAGAAUUUGAAGACAUCAUUACACCAGUUGUAAAGUCUUGCUCAAAAGAAUCCAUUCAGAAUGGUAAGAACUGGGUGUUCAGUAACGCUCAGUCGCCGUAUCACUGCUAUCACAUCUCACAAUAUCUCUACUACAGAGUUGGAGGAGUUCCUGAUGUUUUAUUUACUGAUAAGCUUCGUCUCGUCUAUCUCAUCAGCGAUAUUUUACAUCACUGUGCUCGUAAAAAUGCACAAGAACUGCUGCAAGCGAUCGAAAGUGUUGCAGUGCCUAUCAUCUGCACAGCACUAGCGGACAACCCAGAUGAACAACAGAAAGGAAAACUACAAAAGGUAAUUAAUAUAUGGCAGGGAAAUAGUUUAUUUGGAGAAGAGACGUUGCAGAAAAUGCGUGAAGCGAUUGCCAUUCCACAGAGAAAUCAUGAGAUUCUCAUGCAGUAUCACGUUCCUGUUGAUUAUUCUCGGUCUACUCGUCGACUCCCUCAGUGUGCUCCCACUGCCGAUCUCCAUCCACCUCUCAUGCAUCCAUCAGAUCAACUGAGUGCACAGCCUCCCGUCUAUCAGACUCUCCCGCCUCCACCCCACCACCAAAACCAAUCAUUUGGUUUGCUCCCUCAUCCAGGCUUCGACCCUCGUCCACCGCUUCUUCCCGCUCCACAACUACCGAUGCAAUACAAUGACAACCAACAGCCACAUCAGCCGAUGUUUCAUCCGCCGGUUGGAUUUGAUCCUGUUCCUCCAGCUCCAGUUCCGGUGGCAGCUCCUGUGCUUGGUCCACCUGUUUCUGGAGUUCGUCAGCCAUUUCAGAGUUCGAGAUCUCGUGUGAACGAAUUUGAGUCGGAUGUGCAGUAUGACCAGAAUGGAGAUAUUGUGCCCAGAGUGCCUUACUAUGAAUUGCCGGCGGGAUUAAUGGUGCCGUUGGUUAAAGCAUCUGAUGGAGCUUACAAACCUAUUGAUGUGAAUCUGUUUCGUCUGCCAGUACCGCGUCCUCCUAGUGAGCAACUUCUAAAAGCGGUUGAAGAAUUCUAUGCUCCUCCAUCAGCAGACAAACUGAGAGACAUUGAUGGCUGGGAAAAGGGUGCUUUGGAUGACUUUUACCGCAAAAAGAGAAAUGCAGUUCGUAGCAAAGAGGAGAGAAAAAGACGAUCUCGAUCGAGCUCAAUGUCUCCGGUGCAUCACAGACAUUCUCCAUCAAGAUCGCCUGUUAAACAUCGCUCUCGUUCACGGUCACCAAAGAGAGAGGAAAUAAAGUCGUUGUCGCCACAGAGACAAAAGCGAAGUCGGAGCCCAUCACCUGAGUUUGUAUCUCCGUUUAUUCAAGCUGCUGAUCUCAAUACUCGCAUCACAGAGGAUAACGUUGGUCACCAGAUGCUGAAGAGAAUGGGAUGGGAAGGUGCCGGACUCGGCGCAGCAGAGCAAGGAAUACAGGAACCCGUCAAGGGUGGAGACAUUCGUGGCGAUGUGGACAAAUAUAAGGGACUGGGAAUGGACAUGAACGACACAUUUGAUGUAUUUAGACGUGCAAAGAGUUACACGUUUAACAGAGGCAGCUUGUUUGCUGCCGGUCGACCCGAUCUCAAUUGAGCGGUUCUGCAGUUGUAUACAAUAAUACUGCUGGUAGUCGUGUAUUGUGUUGUCUGUUUGUGUAUCACUGAAAUGAUGUCACAGCAUGACGAAUGUGUGCUACUGAAUGUCUGACAAAGCAGGUGCUAUAUUGUAAGAGAGUUGACUGUCAACUACGUUCUUUUCGGUGGACUCUCACUCAAGUCGUGUAGGGAUAAUUGAUAUCAAGGUGAUUUUGUUUGUGGUAAUUGCUGCAACAGCAACUAUCUAGUUAAUAUUGUUGUUACUAAGUGGCCAAUUUGUUAUAUUAAAGAUGAGUUUGAAUUUCUGUAUCGCAGUGUAUGUAAUAUCAAACAUGU